UAGGUGUUUUGCAGCAUGGCGGAUACGACGGUAGAUGCAACCAGGCGGCUGAACGUUAAAAAACAAACUUUGGACGAUGCAUAUGCAGCUCCAGCAAAUUUUCUUGAGAUUGAUGUUAUAAAUCCAAUUACUCAUGGUGUUGGAAAAAAAAGAUAUACUGACUACGAAGUUAGAAUGAGGACAAACCUUCCCGUUUUUAAGGUGAAGGAAUCUAUCGUUCGUCGAAGAUAUAGCGAUUUUGAAUGGCUGAGAAACGAAUUAGAACGAGAUAGUAAGAUAGUAGUUCCUCCUUUGCCAGGCAAAGCAUGGAAACGACAAAUGCCAUUCAGAGGAGAUGAUGGAAUAUUUGAAGAAGAUUUCAUUGAAGACAGAAGAAAAGGACUGGAAGUGUUUGUGAAUAAGAUUGCUGGUCACCCACUUGCCCAGAAUGAACGAUGUCUACAUAUGUUUCUUCAGGAGCCAGUAAUUGACAAAAACUAUGUCCCAGGAAAGAUCAGAAAUGCGUAAUGAUAUAUUUGUGCUGUUGGUGAAAUAUUGCCCAAACAUCAGUGUGAAGUUGUCUUCAGUGUCGAGAGUUGAUGUUAAUUUAAUCUACCAUAUUGUUAUUUGUCCUGUAAUAUAUUUAUGUUGUAUACUUUAAACAGAAUUGAGGGAAAUAGAUCUACAUGAAGUGUUAUAUCUUAAGUAAGAAAUUAGUCACUUUGAAUUGUAAAUAAAAGUGUAUCCAAAUUGCUGCUGUUGCUGUACACUGACUUUACUGUUCAGUUAACUCGUCACAUUGGGCAGUGCAGCAGUGAAAACUCACUAUAAUGCAAGGGCUUAUUUUUUUAAUCUGAUGAAGGUUUUGCUUUCCACUUCAGAUAAGUAUUUAUUAUUGUGAAAUUUUACAGAGGCUAGUUUCAUAAUUCCAGCUCCUUUGAAAAGAAAGUGGUCAAGUUUCAGGAAUUUGACAUUUCUUGAGUAUGUACAUUUCUUUUGUAAUUGUGCCUUAACCAUAAAUUUUUAAAUAUAUUUUCCUAAUUUUCAGUUAAAUAUGAAAGGAUUUCUGCAAAUAUAGAAGGUCCUUGUUACUUUAAAGAGUGGGUAAAUGAAGUACAGCAUUCCAUAGAACUUGUAUCAUUUAGAAAAAUUGGCCCUACAUUUUCAUUAUCUUCAUAUAAUGUGGAAAAUGUGGACAAUAAUGGUAGUUGUUUUUUCAAAGCAGCUCUUGACACAAAAAUACAAAUAUAUGUCAGAUCUUCCCCACAUCUGGAUGUGUACUAUAUGGAAAUUAAUAUAAAAAGGCCCAUUAUAAUUGCUGUGUCUCUGUAGCUUCUAUACUUGUUGAAAUUUGCAGGCAGGGUACUGUAUGUGAGUGAAUGUCAUAUAUUCUGUUAGUUUGCAAGGGAGUGUGUCACAGCAGGUAAGUAAUAUAUUCAAUGCUUAAGUUAAGGAUAUGAAGACCACUUAAUUCUUGAGAUCACAUGGCAUCAUCCAAUUUGGUUUCCAGUUUCAUGUGUUAUAUAAAAUAUAAUAGUGAAUCAAGAAUGAAAAGUAAUUUGUUAUUUGUGUUCAUGAAGAAAUGUAGAGCUUAUUAAGUGGAGAAAAUUUUGCAUGGAAAUGUAAUGGCUGUUUAUGGCACAAACAUUUCUGUUAAUUCUCUUUAGAUCUGAGCACUGAGACAAGUUAUGAUUUUCAUACAAUAGUUACCUGCUCUUUAUAUACCUGCCCAGUUGUUCUUUAAGCAUUAUUUCAUGCAGAAAAUGUUAGCAGAUCGCAGACUGUUAUCAGUCUUCUGUUUUGUAAAUGAAAUUUGGGGAAUGGGGAGUGUAACAAAACAUUGUGCUGUACUGAAUAAAGCACAGCAUUUUCAGAAUGCUCAUAUCUGAAUGGAAGAGGCCUGUUUCCUGUGAUACGCUGAAAAAAGCACAGUGUUUUCAGAAUGCUCAUGUCUAACUGUAAGAUGUCUAUAUCCAUAUUUUGUGCUGUUAUAGAAGGGAUGUACCAGAGACCCAGUAAAUUUCUUUGGCAUUAAAGGACAAACUAUCAUUUUACUGGUAAAUACUUAUUAGAAAUUGUUUUUUUACACUGUGUAUAAUUCAGUAACAUAUUUGUAACUAGUUUUGAUGAAAGAUUUUCUGCAGAUUUUAGGUAUAGUACGGUGAAUUUCCAUUCUAAUGCUGAUGUUAAUAUAGGCAUUAUUUAAAAGGAAUACACAUAAUUGCUCAUUACAGCUGGUUAGUAUAACCUUGCAGUUUCCAAUCACUAAGUUUUGACUUUGUAAGUCUAAAAUUUUGUAUAUUAAUUAAUAGCUGUAGAAUAAGUGAAGCUUAGAAAAAUUGUAAGUGCUACUCAUCACAAAUAUAUACACGUAGGAAGUUUUGUUCCACAUCAUUACUAGAGUAGGAAUUGCUCAGAUUUUUUCCAUGUUGUGUUGGUUACAAUGAUUAUAGAUGGUGGAAUCUGUACUGUACAGUUGUAUGUACCUUGUGGAAAUAUAAAAACACGACAGUGGCAUCGUAUAAUUUUAUCAGGUCAUUUAUUCAGUAAUUCAUUAGUCAACUGGCCAAUGUACACAAAUUCAUGGUCUUUGUUUUUAACCACGGUAUCAAAACUUUAGUUUAAAUGUCACAUAUUUUUGUUACCAAUGAUAUGUGUAGUUUUUUGUCAGUAAUUUCUAUUUAAGAGCUUUUUUUUAUAACUAGUUGUAGAAUAUAUAUUUUGUUUAAAAUUGACAUAGGUUCAAAUUACAUUUCUUGAUUUAAUUAAAAAUUAGUAUUUAUGAGGAAUUGGUAUGGUUUUUGUGCAAGAAAGUAAUGGUGAUGGUUAAUCUUGCGUAAUUUUAAGAUGAUCAAUACAUUCUGCACUAUGGAGAGACCUGAGGUAUCAGUAUGACAGUUUCUAAUCCAGAUGUGGGGAGUUGGAAAUGAUAUUGUACUACAUAGUUUUCCUUAAUUAUUUGAAAAGUAAGUAGCAUUUCUAUGAGUCUGUUAUCCACAUAGGAGUAAACUUUAAUAUUUUUCAUUUUUGCUCUGUUAUUGUGACAUUUGAAAAGCAAACAUUGUUUUAUAAAUAUAUAUACAUAUACAGUAUAUAUUAGCUGUAGUUACCAAUUUUGUUUUCAAAUAAUACAAUAUGUAUAUAUUGAUUACAGCAUGAAUUUUUAAUUAGGAGCAGAUUGAAGUUCUUUUCCCUUUUAGGUGAAGCUCUCAAAGUAAUUCUGUGUAUGCACAUGCUGUUCAUCUUUGUGGUGUAAGGAACCUUUUCUUUGAAUGACAAGUGAUGUAAAGGGAUUAUGACUCCACUUUUGUAGUUUCCCAUGGAAAGAGAAAAGAUGUUUUUGAACUGCUUUCGUAGUUACUGAUUUCAGUACAUAGUGCAGUUUAAUAUAACUGCAGAAUGUUGAUUGUUGUUUCACUGGUUAUUAAAUACUGAGAAAAAUGGUCACUUUAA